GAUGGAUUGAAUCUUCUGUGUUGAAUGCCUCCGGAUUUCCAUUGGAUUUCGCGUCUGGAAACACAUUUUUGAUUUAAGCCACUCGGUGGCAGACUGAAUUGUGGAUCCAGGGUUCCUAAGACUUUAGAUCUUGAGGAGGCAGCCACUGCUGAAUCACGUUAACCUGACAUUGCAGCCACAAUGGUGCUGUCACAAAGGCAACGAGAUGAACUAAAUCGAGCGAUAGCAGAUUACCUUCGUUCUAAUGGCUAUGAAGAGGCCUAUUCGGUUUUUAAAAAGGAAGCUGAGUUAGAUGUGAAUGAAGAGUUAGAUAAGAAGUAUGCUGGACUUCUGGAAAAAAAAUGGACAUCUGUUAUAAGAUUACAAAAGAAGGUAAUGGAAUUAGAAUCAAAGCUGAAUGAAGCUAAGGAAGAAUUUACAUCAGGUGGACCUCUUGGUCAGAAACGAGACCCUAAAGAGUGGAUUCCUCGUCCUCCAGAGAAGUAUGCGUUGAGUGGACACAGGAGUCCUGUCACUCGAGUAAUUUUCCAUCCAGUUUUCAGUGUUAUGGUUUCUGCUUCAGAGGAUGCCACAAUAAAGGUGUGGGAUUAUGAGACGGGAGACUUUGAACGAACCCUUAAGGGGCAUACAGACUCUGUGCAAGAUAUUUCCUUUGACCACACUGGCAAACUAUUGGCCUCCUGUUCUGCUGAUAUGACCAUUAAGCUAUGGGAUUUCCAGGGCUUUGAAUGCAUCAGAACUAUGCAUGGUCAUGAUCAUAAUGUUUCUUCAGUAGCCAUCAUGCCCAAUGGAGAUCAUAUAGUUUCUGCUUCAAGGGAUAAAACUAUCAAAAUGUGGGAAGUCCAAACAGGUUACUGUGUGAAGACUUUCAUGGGUCACAGAGAAUGGGUGCGCAUGGUUCGGCCUAACCAGGAUGGCACCUUAAUUGCCAGUUGUUCUAAUGACCAGACAGUGCGUGUUUGGGUGGUAGCAACAAAGGAAUGCAAAGCUGAGCUCCGAGAACAUGAGCAUGUGGUAGAAUGCAUUUCCUGGGCUCCUGAGAGCUCGUACUCCACCAUAUCAGAAGCUACGGGAUCAGAGACUAAGAAGAGUGGCAAGCCUGGGCCUUUUCUGCUGUCUGGAUCCAGAGACAAGACCAUUAAGAUGUGGGACAUUAGCACUGGCAUGUGCCUUAUGACACUUGUGGGCCAUGAUAACUGGGUACGUGGCGUUCUGUUCCAUUCUGGGGGAAAAUUUAUUUUGAGCUGUGCUGAUGACAAGACUCUACGUGUCUGGGACUUCAAGAACAAACGAUGCAUGAAAACCCUCAAUGCGCACGAACACUUUGUUACCUCUUUGGAUUUCCACAAGACGGCACCGUAUGUGGUUACUGGAAGUGUAGAUCAAACAGUAAAAGUGUGGGAGUGCCGUUGAUUGAAUUCACAUUUGACCCCUUUUUCCUCUGGAUGCACUCAGAUACCAUGGUUACCCAUUGAGCUCUGUUUAAAUAAAUAUUGUCCUUUCAUGUAAAUUAUUCUGGAUGUAGAUUGAGCUUAUUAAAUGUUACACACAAAGUAUUCAUGCAUGGUGAAUCCAAAUUGUAUACUGUAAAUUUACAUACGUUGUCUAGAAGUACCAUAGGUUUAAGAACAUGGGCUGGCAUUGGUCACAUCAGACCUAAGAAGGCAGAAGUUGGAUAAUUGAAAUAGGGCACUUAACUGAAUAGUUGACAGUGUCGUUCUAUGUCGGAUAAUUAUACCUGUUUUUCUUUCUGCUGUCUGUUGGUGCCUGAAUUGGUGACCUCAUUUGGGAAAAGUUUUGUAGGGCUCUUUCAGAAAUGUGUAUCUAUGUAACAUCACUUAAGUGUGCUUAAUAAAUCUUCUCUAAGAAUACUAGAUAAUAAGGCUGCAAUUCAGAAUCUUCUGAACCUUAUAUGUAAUUAAUGGAAAUUAAUUAAACUCUGGAAUAUUUGUCAUGAAACAUUUGCCAAAUCAACAGAAUACACUUGUUUUGGCCUCCUAUCACGCAAGGGUUGGUAUAUUUAUAUAACUAACUGUAAACCUGAAAUAAGACAACAAAUCUUAGUAGCAGCUGAUGUGAUAAAUGUAUUUAUUUUUUAUUUGGUCAUUCAAUGGUUAAGCUGUGCUGUUAAACUAAGUUUAAAUGGUUUCUUUUGUUGUUGGGUUUUUUUUUUUUUUUUUUAAUGCUAGACAAACUUCCAGGAGGAGUUGUCCAUCCCACUAGAAUUUAGUGAUCUAAUUUCCACUAGAGCUUCAUCUCCCAAAUGACCGCCAUGGUACAACUUGCUGUUUGCUUUCAAUGUUUGUUAGAGAUGUGCAAUUCCUACUACACACCAGUAGCAGAGUACGCGUCCCUCUGACUCGCUUGCAGGAGGUUGGGGUAUACAAAGGUUUCAUUAGUGCCUCCUUGGAAACCCUUUUGAAAAUGAGGUUAAACUUACCUUGACAAGACAAUGUGGCUUGGAUUAAAACGUACCGUGGUUUGCGUAUGGAGAAAUACCUUGGGAUACAGUAUUGAGGUGCUUUAAAGAAAGCACUAAAUACCUUGAGAAUCAGAUUAUAGCGGCAGAUACAGAUCAAUACAGGCUUCUACAAGAAAAACAAAACACCAUCAACAAAACAAAAGCCCAUCCGUGGGAAUGAUGCUAUCAAGUGAACAGAAAACAAAACCAAAUCUGAUCAGCAAAACUAGCCCAGCUUGGUUAUUAGUAUUUAUGUUGCUUGGUGUAUACAAUUUUUAAUUUACAUAUCCCAGGAGUUACAUAUUUUGAUCUGAAGUGAAUGAAAAUAUUAUAAAGUAGUAUUUUAAUCAGCAUUUUUGUGACAAAUUCCAUUGUAGAUAACUAAGAAUUACAAUACUUAUCAAACUAACCAGGUCUUUUUAAAAAUCCACUUUAAAAUUUACAGUAUAAUGAAGUACCAGUCUGAUGUUUUAACAGGUGAAUUUGUGCUUCAUUUUAUUCAUUUUUCUUUAAUACAUGGCUUUUAAAACUGUCCCUUUUAAAAAUAAGAAUCCUUGACCAACAUAGGGUUGGCUGGAGGGUGUCCACACUAAAGCGGUGCGGGGCGCGGUGGUUCCUUUCCUGCCGUCACCCGCAGAAGGAUCCAUCCUGCGCCAAGGGGAUGGGUUUCGGUAUUGGGUCCUGGCGCGGGCUUGCCUCUGGGACGGGGUGGAGGAGACGGAGUUCUGAUGUGGGGGUAUUUCGGAGCCAGUUUAAGAUUCAGGCUAAUCUCUUAAAUCCAGUGGUUUAUGUAAUUUUCAGUGUGUGUUUCUGCAGUUAAGCAUGCACAAAUAAAGUAUUUUUUUUUGUUUGUUAGCUGCUUGGACUGGAAAAAUUUGCUGCUUUUUUGUCCUAUUUGAGAAUUCCAGAUACACAAGUAGUGCAUCUUAAAUCUCCUCAGUGCAUCUGCAACUGUAAAGUAAUAAAUCUGUUUAAUUCCUGAUAGGACCUAUAAACUUUAUUUAAGUAUAAAGUAAACCACACUCAUGUACAUAAUUCAUGAACAUGAAUGAGAAAUUAAAGGUACCUAUUAAGUGGAAGUUGUCUACUGCAUUUUUUUCCCCUUAGCGUACGACUAGUUACAAGGACAAACAACUAAAGUUGUGUGAGCAGCACUAAAUUCUUUGGGUGAAGGGCUCUGCUAUGUCCUUCUGCAAGGCAGUUUGCAACCUUCUCCUUUAGUAAGCAGUGAAUAAUCUCAGGGAUGGUCCUGAAGGGACCAAAAGUUAAAGCCCUGUUGAGACAAAAAGGCGAAGGCCGCGACACAGGAGUUGGGUGUUUGAGGGGUUCCUGCAGUGUCGCUCCGUGAUACCGCAGCGUGGUGGGCUGCUUCCACUCUGUGAGGUUUUCUGCCAGCUAAUCCUGUGCCUUUCCUGUGGUAAUGAGUGAGGUUACUGGUUUGGGAUUCCAAAAUGAGUUCAUUGGCGGGUUUAAGAGGUUCACUGCUGCUUUGUCACUGUCCUUACUUAAAAUGGGCAUCGCUUCAAAACCACCGAUGGGUAGACUGUUACUGAACAGCCACUGCAGGCCUUUGGGCUCGGAACCCGCCAGCCGUUCCGGUGCUGCGCUGCCGUGACGUGCCCGGGGUGUCUGGGCUGCAUUCGGAAAAGUGGCUUAGGCAUAAUCUGGGAGUUGGUGUUUUAUAGCAUCUUGCACUUUAGAAGAUUAAAAAAAA